AGGAUUUUAUUAUGGGCGAGGAAAAGGGGGCUCGAACUUGUUACACCGGUAACAGUAAUUGAGCCCGCGCGCUAACGGACGAGAAAUCGGAAGUACCGCGGAGAUGAUUGCUCGUUCGCCUUUUGAAGUUCCUACGUCUUGUAACGGCAAUCGGCGCUGGCGAUGAGAAAAGACGUUAAUAACGUCGGGGGUUACGUGUAGAAUGUAAAACAGCGCGACGCGUUAUUGAACGAUAACUGCAAGUUAUUAGGGUCGAUUGACGAGUAACUGGACGUAAGGAGCGCGUAAAAUGCCUCUCGCGGUGUGCGUGCACGUACAGAGCUCCGCCUCGAUUGUUGGUUACCAUCGCCAUUGGCGUUGACCGCCGACGUUACAUAUGUAAAUUACUCCCCGUACAAAUGUCGCUGGGACUAAUUCGCCCGUACGCGCAAUGUUACAUUAACAUUCGCGUCGUGAUCGUUGCCGCACAAUAGGCUUCAGUCUGUUCCUCUUCACGGGCGCGGUGUCACCGUUCGAAUCGGUGCUCCGGUUCCACUUGAAACUUCGCGCUACAGUUCCACGUUCGAUCUCGAUCCCCGUACCGCGGAUCUUCCUGCCCGGCGAGGCUCCCGAUCACCGGACGAUGUGACAUCGCACGAAAUUCCAAGAGCACGCGAUCGGGCCCAAGGGAUCGAGACACGAUUCUUUCACCGGUUGUGUAAUUUUGUGGGAGUUACGAUGAAGUAGAGCGCGCAGGAAGGACUGACAAGCACCGGUCCGAUUUGCUUCCAGGAAAGAUGAGGGGCGGAAGUAGUUUGAAUCAGUACAACGACGACGACUUCUUCAGCGGCGGGCCGUGUCCAUCGUGCAGGCUGGCCAUCAACAAGGAAACCGGCCGACUCAAGUGGUGCAUGGGUGGAAACGACACUUGGCGCUUUCGCGUCAAAUUGAUGUUACUGAUACCGGCGGUGUUAUUGCCGAUCACUAUAAUCUUCAUCGCAUUGUCGCGAUCGCAGGUAAUCGGCAAAGCACCUUAUCACCGCACGUAUUUGAUCCACGCGACACGGAGGCAGGACGAGAGGGCCGAGGAAACCUUCCCGCCGACCAGCCGUGGCGAGACAGAACGGGCGGGCGAGGAAGAGGAAGAAGACAGAAUCUUAAUAUCUGGAAUGAAAACGAGCUACGUGCCGGUGGAGACUCUACUUCCGCCGCAGCAGCUACAACGACGCAAGAGAGAACUAGACGGGGUGCAGUCGACCAACUACGUUACCGGAAAAACAGAUGACCGGAACGCUGACGAAGAUUUGGACAACUUCCUGGGUGAUUACUACCUUGAAGUGGACACCGACGAGAUAAAAAAUAAUUCUGAAAUACAGAGCAACGAUUAUCAAGAAUAUGACGAGCACCCGGACUCGAGCAAAGCGGAAGAAGAGCUCCGCUCGAGGCUGUCGAAUGGAACAUACGACGAUAACGAAGACCGUUCUCAAGAAGAGUCCGACGAGGGUGAACAAGGUGGUAGACGCUCGAUUUCGAUCGAUGACUCGGACACAAGCCUGCCGAUCGCCGACGAGCAAACCAAGGACGACGAUCCUGAUUUCCACGCGUUUUGGAAAGGCAAGGGGAACGAGUGGGCUAUCAGAGAGGCUCAAGCAAAAAUCAUGCUCACGUACAUGGACAGGAGCGCUGACCCGUGCGAGGACUUCUAUCAGUACGCUUGCGGCAACUGGGCGAGACACAAUCCUAUACCAAAGGACAAGGCGGCCUACGACACUUUCGAAAUGAUCAGAGAGUCGUUGGAUUCUGUUCUGAAGGAGCUGCUGGACGAUCCUAUACCCAUGGACCUCGAGUCCAACUCCAACGACGCGACCGUGAAAGCCAAGCAACUGUUUCAAAGUUGCAUGAAUUACGAGAUAUUGGAGCAACGGAUGGAACGGCCGCUCACACAGCUCCUGGACGAACUCGGCGGGUGGCCUAUCUUGAGACCGAACUGGGAUCCAGAGAAGUUUGACUGGCUUCUAUUGGUCGCUCAGUUGCGACUGUACAACAACGAUAUCCUCAUCUCCGAAUGGGUUGCGCCGGAUAUUAAGAAUAGCGAGCAAUACGUAAUACAAUUCGAUCAGACGUCGUUGGGUCUUCCCACCAGAGACUACUUCCUUCAGCCAUCGAACACGAUAUAUUUGAAGGCUUAUAAGAGUUAUUUAAUAAAAAUCGCGACCCUGCUCGGCGCAUCGUUGCAGAACGCCACCAACGACGCCGACGAGUUAAUAGAAUUCGAGACGAAGCUUGCCAAGAUUACGUCCACCCCCGACGAGAGAAGAAACGUUUCAGAACUUUAUCAAAGGAUGAGCAUCGGAGAACUGAGAACUCUAGUGCCACAGAUCAAUUGGCAUCGAUACUUGACUAUCGUAUUAGCGCGACCAACGAAUAUUUCCGAACCGGUUGUCGUUUAUGCGCUGCAGUACAUACAGGAUUUAGUGAAUCUACUUGCAAAGACAAGUCCACGAACUAUCGCAAACUAUCUCCUGUGGCGAUUUGUCAGGCACAGAGUGAACAACUUGGACGAUCGAUUUCAGGAAGCUAAGCAAAGAUUUUAUUACAUUCUCUUUGGGAGGGAGCAAGCACCGUCCAGAUGGAAGAACUGUGUGGCACAGGUGAACUCUAAUAUGGGUAUGGCAGUCGGAUCGAUGUUUGUGAGGAAGUAUUUCGAUGAAAAAAGUAAAAACGAUACCCUGUCCAUGACUCGAGAGAUACAACGAUCGUUCAGAGAACUCCUGAACCAAACAUCUUGGAUCGACAACGAAACGAAAGAGUUGGCCACCGAGAAAGUGAACGCCAUGCUAUUAAGGAUCGGCUAUCCGGAUUUUAUUUUACAGUCCGAGCUACUGAACGAGCGUUACAAGGAUGUGGUGAUUUAUCCGGAAAAGUACUUCGAGAACACGCUGAACAUCUUGCAGCAUCUAACCAGGGUGGAGCAGGAUCGUCUUGGCAGCCCUGUGAACAAAACGCUUUGGAACACUGCGCCAGCGGUCGUCAAUGCUUAUUAUAGUCGCAGCAAAAAUCGGAUAAUGUUUCCAGCUGGCAUACUACAGCCGCCCUUUUAUCAUAGAUACUUUCCACGGAGCCUCAAUUUCGGUGGGAUCGGUGUCGUGAUCGGACACGAAAUCACUCACGGCUUCGACGAUAAAGGUCGGCUGUUCGAUAAGGAUGGUAAUUUACAUAGAUGGUGGAAAGACGAGGCCAUUUAUGGCUUUCACGAACGUGCCCAGUGUCUUAUCGACCAAUAUAGUCAUUACAUCGUGAGCGAAGUUGGAAUGCAAAUAGAUGGGCACAACACACAGGGGGAGAACAUCGCGGACAACGGUGGUAUUAAACAAGCUUUUCGAGCCUACGAAAGAUGGUUGCGUUUAAACGGAGACGCCGAUGAAAUUCUGCCCGGUUUAAACGCGACGGGAAAGCAGUUGUUUUUCCUGAAUUUUGCCCAAGUGUGGUGCGGCUCGAUGAGACCGGAAGCGACCAGAAACAAAUUGAAAACCGCUGUGCAUUCUCCCGGCAAGUUCCGCGUGAUCGGUACCUUGUCGAACUCGAAAGACUUCGCGGAAGUAUUCAACUGCUCUCUCGGUGCACCCAUGAAUCCGCUCAAGAAAUGCUCCGUUUGGUGACGGACCACGAGCUUGUUACUCCGCCAAAGCCCAUCGAUCGUGGAUCGAGUGAAUCUUCGCUUCGUUGAAGCAGGACAACGUGAGGGAGACCGGUAGAUGGAAGUGUUAAUCGUUGAAAUUAAUCGUACGCUCCUGAAAUAUUCAGAUACUCGUCUCAAAAGUUAAACUAUAACCAUUACACGCUUUUUAAUGAUAGUUAAUGCUGUAGAGCAACUGCCUCUGCAUUGAUUUUCGUCAGAAAAAAAAAAACAUUGUUUCCCGCAAAUUAGAAUGCAACACGAAGAAACCGAUGAACCGAUGGGAAUAAUAAUUGUCGAGUUCUAAAACUGUUAUUCAACGAAUAACGAGUAUGUAACAUAAUCUAUUAGGGGAACUCUAUUCUCGUACUAACAAAAUACGUUGUGUAACGAUAAACAAAGUAACGUUAUCGUACGAUACCUCGGCUUGCUAGUCCGAGAUUAGAUGUCGUCAAACAGCUGCGCUGUUCGAUCGUCGUUGAAAAUUGUAAAACAGAACCAAAGACAAUAAUAAUUU